AAAUUUAAGAAUAAAAACCUCACUAUACACGCCUUGUCCAACAAAUGUCAAAAGAGUUAUUAGCUCGCCGGUUCUCAUGUCGAAUCGUACCCAUAAUUUUUUGUUCUGAAAAUAGAUUGCUAAAUUAUGUAAAUAAUACUAUACUUUUGUUUUUAAUGCAACUAUGGCUCUUUCGAAUUUGAGCACUCGAUUGUAUAUUUUCUAGUUCAUGAUGAAUGUACAUACGUACUUGGUGGUUUAAAUCUUUGUUCCUACGGAAAUGAAACCUAGCCAACCGUGAGACCCAUUUUGUAAAAUGAAACAUAGCCACCAAAUAGUAAAAACUCCCAGUGCAUAGCUCUUUCUCCAUUGUUAAGGAAUCGGAACGUAGCUGAGCUGUAUGAUUUUCGUUUAUAGAAAAAUGCUGAGCGCUAGAACUAAACACGUCUUACACUGUACUUUGCUGGCGUUUGUCAUCAUUGUGUUUGGUGUAAUAUCGGGAGGUCUACGAUGGAGUUCCGAUAAUCAAGUGAAUCUGAAUCCUUGGGAAGUUUAUGGGCCGAUAGCAGCUUUAGUGUUGUAUUUUCUUCGUAUAGUUACAUUCCUCUCUUUGCCCCAAGUGUUGUUCAAUUUUAUCGGGUUAACAAUGUACAAUGCAUUCCCAGACAAAGUUAUUUUGAAAGGAUCUCCUUUGCUUGCGCCGUUCAUUUGUAUAAGAAUAGUGACGAGGGGUGAUUACCCUCACCUAGUCAAGACAAAUGUGAACCGUAAUAUGAACAAAUGUAGAGAAGCAGGCUUGGAGAAUUUUCAGAUCGAAGUUGUGAGUGAUAAGCCAAUUGGACUAGCAUCUCAUCGGAGAAUACGAGAGCUUGUCAUACCAGCGAGUUAUCGUACAUCUACCGGCGCAUUAUUCAAGGCACGAGCAUUACAGUAUUGUCUUGAGAAUUCGGUCAACGAAUUAGCAGAUCAUGACUGGAUUGUACAUUUGGAUGAAGAAACAUUACUGACAGAAAACUCUGUCCGUGGUAUACUCAAUUUUGUUUUGGAUGGGAAGCAUCAAUUUGGACAGGGAUUAAUCACAUAUGCUAAUGAGGACGUUGUGAACUGGAUCACCACACUUGCUGACAGCUUCAGAGUGGCAGACGACAUGGGGAAACUGAGAUUUCAAUUCUACAUGUUCCACAAACCUUUAUUUAGUAUGAAAGGUUCCUACGUUGUUACUCAGGUAGGUGCGGAGAGGCAAGUUUCAUUCGACAAUGGGUUGGAUGGAUCUGUAGCUGAAGAUUGUUUCUUUGCAAUGAAAGCCUUUACGCAAGGAUACACUUUCAAUUUUGUGGAAGGUGAAAUGUGGGAAAAAUCACCAUUUUCAUUAUGGGAUUUUGUUCAGCAAAGAAAAAGAUGGCUACAAGGUAUAUUGUUAGUUGUUCACUCUAAAGCGAUUCCCAUUAAGAACAAGAUACUUUUAGGAGUGUCUUGUUACUCAUGGGUAACAAUGCCUUUAUCUACCUCAAAUGUGAUACUGGCAAGUUUGUGUCCAAUUACAUGUCCUCUGAUUAUUGAUUUUCUCUGUGCCUUCAUAGGUGCUGUGAAUAUCUAUAUGUAUAUAUUUGGUGUUGUCAAAUCUUUUUCGUUAUACCGUUUUGGAAUUCUACGAUUUCUGCUAUGUAUAUGUGGAGCGUUAUCGACGAUACCGUUCAACAUUUUAAUCGAAAAUGUAGCUGUCAUUUGGGGUUUAUUUGGUAAAAAACAUAAGUUUUAUGUUGUAAAUAAGGAGUAUCGGCCUCCAUUGACAGUCUAAUAGAUGAUGAUCUGAAACAUUCGACAAAUAUAUCUGAUUACGUUCAAUGAAUCUCAUGAUCUUUGAUUUUAUCAACUCUUGGACAUGAAUUAUUUUUACAUGCAAAGGUUUUGACACCAUAUUCAAAUUCUCUCGUCCAAUGGUGUUUGAUUGAUAUAAGAUGAAAUGAUAUAAGAGGCUGAAUUAGUUGCAAUGUUCCCAAGACGAUGAUGAUAGUCGACAAGAACGUAAUCUAAUGAAAUUCGAAAGAAAUCUGGAUUCAUAUGCUGAUAUUAUCAUUAGAUUUAGCCGCAGGCUGAUUUAUUUUUUCUCAAAGCUUAUCAUUCAAUCAUUCGGAAUAUAUGUACUGUAGUGAAUUGUCUUGAGUAUAUUGAUUUCAUGGAAUCCACUGAUAUUCGCUCGAUAAUAUUUCAAGAAUUCACAAACCAGGAAUGAAAUUCAAAAUACCAAUUUACUUGUUUUUGUCAUACGUAUUACUAUUACUUUACUUUUAUAGUUUCUAGUUAUCAAGAAUUAUUCAUGAUUAAAAACAAAAAAUAAUCGAACAAUUGAUCUGACCUUAGUGAAUACCCAUAUGUGUAAGGUAGAAUAGUAAUAAGAAAACUUAGUUAGAAUUAUAUCAAAUACCAAAUGCUGCAUGAUGCGAUGGUGCAAUAUUUUCAUGUAAUCUAGUCAAAUGUCGUGUGAUAGGGAAACGAGUGAUCGAUAUUGCUUUCCUGUGCGCAUAUAUUUGAAGAUUGAAUACCACUAUUCAUUGUAACAUGAGAUGAGUGUUAUUUUUAGUUGGAUAUUGAUUCCGAUCUGUACACACGUGUUCGAGUCUUUGUUAUCUGGGUAAUUUGCCUGGUGUGAAUUUUUAUAACAGUAUUACACGUGACAAAGUUUUGGGAAGCAUUUAAUUAAUAGGUAAUACUAUUAGUUCAUUAGAGCUGCGAAAUGACUUCUAGUAUUAUUCUUGAACUUUUUGUGCGUGUGGAAGAAUUGGCUGCUCCGAUCUGGGACUUUUCUUAUGACUUUAUGUGGGAAGAUGGAACUAGCCCAUUGUGGGAACUUAUUCACAGUAAAAGAUACACGGAUAUGUAAUGCGACGCACAAGAAGCCUCCUCCGAAAGACUCAGCGCCGGAUAAGAAAAACAUACACCUAUUUCAUGCUUACAUACAAUUGACAUAAAUAGCUGUAUGAUUUUUCAGUAUUAGGUUACUUGACACUCAACGUUUCAGUUGUUUAUUUCAAUAAUUGGAAGCCCCGCAGCGAUUGCCAUCAGCCUGCCGCUCGCGAGAUAAUCAGCGGUGAGAUUUAUAUCUACAGAUAUGCAUGCGGCAGUGAUUUCACAGUUUACAAUGAAAAUUAUCCAUUCAAUGGAAAGUUUGGAAACGCGUUGUUACUGAGAAAAUGUUUAUUAUGAAUUUUGCAAUAGAACCCAUUGCAUGAUGCACGAUUCAUGCAUACCAUGUAUACAAUGCAAUAAAUUUCCCUCAGUAAAUUAAAUUUUCGAAAAAUGUCAAUUCUACUGGAACAUUAUAUUGUUUCGAGAUUAUCCUGGAAGAAUAAAUAUAACAUAUCAUGUGCUAAAAAAACGA